AUGGCGACCAGCGAAGGAGACGCCGCACCUCUUAACUCAAGCAUGAAGCUUUCGCUUGUCUUCAGCGUGCUCGCAUCCAUCGUGGUUCUUGCCACGGCGUAUCCCACACAAGGAACCGUCGCGAAACGUUCCUAUGUGGAGAAGCGCGAUGAAAUAGACGCCAGUGACUUCCUUUACCCCCUCGGUGAGGAACAACGCGAGGAAAUCGACGCUAGUGACUUCCUUUACCCCCUUGGUGAGGAGAAGCGCGGGAACUCGAUGUUGAUAUCUGAUUAAGGCGCAUACCAACCUCGACGCCAGGUUCUGCCCAAGUCUCAGGUCUGGCAAAGUUGCAGUCAAGCCACUUCGCUGUACUAUUACAUAUCAUGACUCUCUUAUCUGAUUUCUUGAUUUCUGACACAUUGCACGCCCAUGUAAUACAAUCCUAGUUGUCUGACUAUUUUUGACCCAACUACAGACCCGCUGAGCGUU